AUGGUUUGCCUGUCGGGAAUGGGGACUUCUUCUCACCAGCCUCGUCUCCAUCUUCCUCCGUCCUCGUCUUUUUCCUCGCCUGCUGCUCUCUUUCCCAUCCGGAUUUGCCCUAGCCUGGCCUCCACCAGCGGUGCCGGCAUCAGCGUCUAUUCUGCUUCUUCUUCUUCUUCUUCUUCUUCUUAUUCUUCUUCCUCUGCUUCGUCAUCCUGCUCCUCUGUCUUCUCUUCUUCUCUCCCUUUUGCUACGGGUGGUCAGCGGAGGAGGAGGACAUGUCCCGCUGCUGCCUCUGGGUCCUUGCGAGAAGAAUACGAUGCUCUCACCUCGCCUUCUCUCCAACCUUUAUCGGUGCAGCCUGGGAAUCUCUGUGCUCUGUCCGGGGAACGGGAUAAGAUUGAAAGCCAUGGGUUGUGGAGGAAGCGGGUGACGGAUUCUUUUUCCUGCGGAGUUAGUCAAAAGGUGGUGGUGGUAGAAGAGGCGGAGCAGGACGAGGAGGAGGAGGAGGAGGAGGAGGAGGAGGAGGAGGAGGAGGAGGAGGAGAAUAUGGACGGUGCUAGCCUUCUGGCCUUGGAGACUGAUAUAUAUGACUUCAUGCAGAAAUCUGGGAAACCUAAAUAUUUCCCCACCAAGGACGACCUGAUUAGAGCUGGGAGGAUGGAUCUGGUAAAAGCAAUUGCUUCUCAUGGCGGUUGGCUUGCCUAUGGCUGGGAUUUUGAUGACGCGGAUGAUACCAAUGACGAUGAUGGGGAUUGGAUUUAUGGUGAUGAUGAGGAGAGGAAGUGGGAAAAAUUAUAUGGAGUAGAACUGAAGACAGAUAGCUUCAGUUUCCUUCUGCCUGAGACAAAUUCAUCGACUAGAGAGAACAAUGAGUUUGCCGUUAAUUGCUUUGAUGAAGGAAUCCUUGAGCAGCAAAGGUUCGGCAGCUCUAUGGACCCCACUUCUUCUUCCAUUGCCUCGUCUUCUGGCAGACCUAUGUAAGUGUUGUAUCCUUCUUUUCUUUCUUUGAUCUAGGUUACUGCAUUUCUUUAACUUUUAUGUACAUCAGAGACAUUAAAGUUGAAGAUGAAAGUGGAAUUGAUGGCAUUUUGAAGCGGCUAGAGAAGGAGAGAAGUUUCUCUUAUACAGUCACUUGCAAGGACUCAAAUAUUGAUGAUAGGAUCUUAUCCAGGGACUAUGAAUUGAGCUCUUCUGGUAUGUUUAUAUAUUGAGGUGGAGAAAUUUUAAGUUUUAGAUUAAUUUAUUGAAACAUAACUGUUCGCUUGAAAUUAUGACUUUGUUGAAGCAAUUUCGCUGGAAAACUAUCUGGUGUUUGUAUAACCUUGAAGCUUCCAUUAAAAUUUGGGUUCCUGUGGUACUGAUGCAUGGAUAUCUUAUGCGGGCACGCUAUUGAAAAAUUGGGAGGCGUUUUUCGAAUUUUAUCUUUCUGUUAUGUCUUCAACCAUAACUGUCCAGUCAGAAAAUUCAAACACUGUUCAGGAAAAAAAAGCCAAACAUAGCCUUCGAUGCCAACUUUGACAGAUAAUGAAAAGUGACUUUAUAAUACAACAUACUUUUCAAAAUAAUUUUUUUUUCCAAAAUGGAAUAUAAUAGCGACAUUUUAUUUAUUCAGUAAAAAAAUGGAAGUUCUCACAUCAGGAACAUGCAAACGCUGCUUUUAGAGGCCAUGUUUAAAGAAAUAAUGUGAACUGGCUCGAAGAUAAAUUCGAAUUUUCAGAUGGAAUAUUUCUUCAUUUCAAUAUGACGGCCACCAGACUGGGGAUGACAUGGAACUUGUAGCACCCCCAAGCAAUUCAACGUAUUUAUGUUAUAGUGCUAAUUAUCUAUGACCCCAUUUAUCUUUCUGUGCUCUGGUGCUUCAGUAGAAGAACAUAAUUGGGAGUCAAAUCAUCUCAUGAUAGAUGGACAAUUUUCCAAUUCACUUCCCACUUUGCUCACAACAUGUUUAGGGAAUCCGAAAGUGUUUGCCAAACUAAUAUGGGAUUCUUCCUGGUCAAGCCCAAAACAAGGAUGAUAGGGAUGGAACUGAAACUGGAACUUAAUUGGUUCCAGUUUCAGUUCCAUUUUAUUCAACUGGCUGCAACAAUGGACUCUAGCAUGUUUUCUAAAACAUAAUCCAUAUAAGCUUCGAAAAUGAAAGUUAAAGAGUAUAGAAAAAGACAUGGGAAUUAUAUCAAUAGCUCUUUAAAAAACCUAAUAGAGUGUAAUUAUACAUUUGGGGAGAUGGCAGGACAUUAAAUGAGUAUCUCCAAUCAUCACUUUCGAUGUUAUAAAUGGCAGAACCAUAUAACGUUGUCCGUUCUAGUUAUAUGCCUGAAUGUCCUCUUAUUAGUUGGUAUUUGUUUGCAAGCAGCAACGUUAAACGAAUGAGAAGAAUUGCAUUAUUUCCCUGAACGGUCCUCUCUGGCAUCACCUUCUAAUUGGUGCGUACAGAUAACUGUGCUGAUUAAUAGCUGUCUAUUAACGAAAUUCUUUGAAAAUGAAACAGAAGUCUAGACAAUUAGGCUUGUAGUUGUGGCUUUGAUGAUCUACCUUGGAUAAACUGGAUAAGAACUGCAAAAAGAAUUGAUGAAAACUAUUUUAAAAAAUGGCAUUUAUUUACAUAUUUGGAGCUCUAAUUCCUUGAUUAUGUAUUGCAGUUAAUGAUAAGUCAAUAUGAUCCUAAUCUAUGCUUUCUCCUUGAUAUUAAAAGGACAGUUGGUGGCACUACAAGAGCUAGAAGAGACUUUUCAUCAGAUCAUAAGAAGCAGGGAUCUGAAAAAUGUAUGUUCAUUGAUGCCAUUAGGUUUUUACUGAUUUUUUGUUAAAAAUAAUUCUUUGCAUUUUCUUUACUUCCUAAUUAUUUGAUAUGCAGCUGAUGAAAGGUUUGCUGAUGGAAAGGUAAAUGGAGUGGAAAACUUUUUAUAUGGUAUCCGUAGGAAUGGUUUUGCACAUUCUAUGGAUCAGAGAGCCAUGGAUGUAAGAAACGUAAAGAAGGAAUCAAGUUCUACUGCUGGACCUGGUCAAAAUCAUAUACAUUCACGUCUUCGAUACCUGGAAUCCGAGCUUUCUUCUGUGCUGAGCUCCCUUAGGUCUCAAAAGGACACAGUUGCGUCACUCAAGGUAUUUAAUAUUUUUUUAACUUGUAAUUGACUUCUUUGAGGUCAUAAUUUCAUCAUGAUAUCAUUAAUGCUGAACAUAACUAAGAGCUGUUACACAUUCAAUAUAGCCUUCUAGUAUCCUUUAUGUUAUUGGUAUUGUUAAUUAUCUCAGACAUUGGUCGAUAUAUAUACUUGGAAAGGAGACACUCUAUGGCUUUUGACCUAUUUGCGUUGUUUUCAAGUUAUUUUCUAUAAUGAAUAUGUAAUCUCUUACUGACCACUGGCCUCAACAUUAAUUUGGGUAAUUUUAUUAGUUAUUAUCUCCAUCUUUGCGUGGUCAUGUUUGGAUGGUUCCUGCAACCUAAUUCUCACGAAGGGAAAGUCCCAUGUAUCUUUCUGCUUUUUUAUGUGUUAUGCUUUGUUUUAAUUUCCGUCCUAGUGAGAAUAUGGAAGUUCUUAACUUGGUAAAAGCUUAUUAGUUCUUAUUCCCAUAUUUUCCAGUCCAGGUGUCGGAACCCAAAAAAUAGAAGGUUUUGUGGAUCUUUCUACUUUUGGUAGACUGAUGUUGUCUUUAACUUAUUUCCUGUGAUCAAUUUACUUCUGUUAGGGCAGUCUCAUAUUAGUUAAAUACUCAAAUAAACCUGUUAUUUUACAGAUAGGCCCAUCUUACUUACAGCCAUCUGUUUUAAGUAGAAUGCCUUUCGAGCUAUAAUGUGGUCUUUGAGACACUGGUUGCUCUUUUAGACUGCCCACAUCCAUUUUUGGUUAAUUUUGUCUGUCUUUUUUAUUGAUACAUAUUUUUUCUUCUUCUUUUGGCGAUUUUGUUAAUUUCAUGUUAUUUUAGAUUUUAUUUUUGUAAGGGGAUCUAGUUUUCCACCUUAAAAUCAGAUCAGCGCUGGAGAGCCUUGCAAAGUGUUAUUAGAAUGCUAUCAUGGUAUAUAGCAGUAUGUUAUAAGGAAUAUUAUAAUGCAUUUGGGUUAAGAAAUUGGCAAAUUCUCAAUCCAAAUGAGGAGACGAUGUUUACUAUUUUACAUCUUUAAUUAUAAGCUAGUUUAUGCAAGUUCUAUUGUCUUUUUAAGAUCGAGAGUGCAUUCUAAGAUUUAUUUUUCCAUUACGUAAUCUAUAUUUAAAUCGUAACAAUCUUCUGAAACUCAUGAAACCCUUUUAACUUUCUAUAAUCUAUUUGGACAUAAAACUCAUGAAUUUUAACUUUUAACAAAUCUUAACGUUUGGACACUUCUAUUUCUCUCAAACGGAUAUAGUUGUGAGAUUACCCAGCUCACCAUGUUUUCAUCCCCUUUUCUGGGGUUGAGAUUUGUUGUUGAGAUAUAGGUUCCCCUUUUAUUUUGAGAGUGCAAGAAUUUGUUCUUUUUUUUAUGUUAUAGAUAUUUCGCCCCCUCUUCACGUAGGAGUAAAGAGCAUCUUCUGUCAUCUGCUAGUUUAAUUCAUGGCUCCGUACAACAUAUUUCUCGCUAUAUGGUAAUUUUUAGAAAAAAGGCUUGUUUCUUCCGUCAGCUCCACUGUGAUCAUUUAGCAUAUGCACUCGUUCUCAUAAUAUGCUAUUCUUUAGGGUGAAGGAAGCUCCCUGAAGGAACUGCACAAGCUUACUGAUGCUCGGGAGUUCGUUGAAACUGAAAUAAUGAACACACAAGACAGAUUACGAUCAACAAAAGCUAAACUAGCGGUAUUGGAAGGCAAGAUGGCACUUCAAGUAAUGUAUGUAAUGUUCUGUUCGAUCUUCGCAACUCAUGGCUAUCUUUAUUCUGCCAUGAUGACCCUUUAUUUCCCAUUUAAAGUGAAUCACAGAAGAUUAUUGAAGAGAAGCAGAAAAGGAUUGACGCAACUCAGAGAGCAGUGCAUCUCCUCAGGACAGCUUAUGUGGUUUGGCCCAACUCAGCAUCAGAAGUUUUACUGGCUGGAUCUUUUGACGGCUGGAGUAGUCAGGUUGGUUCUUUUAACGAUUCCUGUUAGCCAAUAAACCUCAUUUGUGUCCUUAGUUUAUGACCCUGUUGAUGUUGUUACGAUUUUGUGUCUGAGUUGGAUUCUUUUUUAUUUUUGUGAGCAUUAAUAUCCUCUGUUUGCUCCAUCGAUCAGUAAUGUCGUGGGUUUAUCAACAUUAUUAUCUUUCUACAUUGAAGGUUGCCAAGAAUCUAUUGAAGGUUUAUCCUUCAAUCCACUCGCAGCCUCCAUCUCAAGAAGCCGCUGUACCCUGUCUGAAUAAAAAAUUACUGUAAGAAACCUGCAUAAAUUUUAUCGGACUAGAAGCCGCAGAAGCCUAUUCUCCUUCAAAUUUGUGGAAGAAAGAUCUCCUUCCUUACCUUUUAACGGCUCAUUGUCUUAGUUAACAUAUCCUUUUCCAUUGUGGAUUAGGAUCUUUCUAGUUACCGUUAGAAGGGGGUUGUGAGAUAAUUUAUGGCCUUUAGUAGAGUCUUUUGUGUGCUGCCUUGGUCACAGCGAAGUUGGUAUGUUAAUUAUUGCUCAAAACCCUGCAGAUCUCAUCACAUUUCCCUUCCUACACUAUUUUACGAUUGAUUCCCCUCACCUCUUCUGAUAUAAACCGGUGUACAUAUCUUGGUGCUCUGCAGCGAAGGAUGGAAAGAUCAAGUUUGGGGAUCUUCUCUCUACACCUGAAUCUCUACCCUGGACAGUACGAGGUGGGAUGCCACCACCAGUAUCACCAUCAUUGCCGUCUUCUUCUUCUACUACCUAUUCUGCUAGAUUUUUCUGCCUUCCCUGUGCCCACUUGUUCUUUGCCUGCAGAUCAAGUUCAUCGUUGAUGGCGUGUGGAAGAUUGAUCCCCUCCGUCCAAUUGUCUAUAACCAUGGGUUUGAGAACAACCUCCUCAUCGUCUCCUAG